AGAAAAUAAUACCUGAAGUGCUUGUAAUCUUGUAUAUAUGCGCUGACGCAUUCUUGACAAGCAACAGCAAGAGCCAUAAACAUAUACACUUAGUUCGGCGUAUGUGAAUAGAAGCAACAUCAGGAUGACGACAGGGUGGGGUGUACCUAGAUUCAUGCUGCCCUCACUGUUUUGCCUUCUUUGAUUGGCCAUUCGGCUAUACCACGUCUCUUUUUAUCUUUAUUUCACCAUGGAAAAAGCAAAGUUUAACUAUGAAGUGAACAGAGAUCUUGUUUACUACUUUGACGACACGCAAAUCGAAAUAAUCUACACACAGCCUGGAACAACAGAAAAGUCAAGGCAGCAUAUUUUAGUUUCGGAUCUACAAAUAGAUGCUGAAAAGUUACAAAUCAAACACGUCCUAAGCUGUCGAUUGCAUGAUCAACCAAAGCUUAUCAUUGCAUGCGUGGAUUCUGAUAAUCAUAAUCACUUCUUUUGGCACAGCGUCAUCACAAAGGAAUGUAAAAGAAUCAACUUUGAAACACCUAUUGUUGGUAAUAUUACUCAAGCAAAAAUAACAAAUCGACCUUUUGAAGUGAACUAUGUAUAUAAAAACUUAACUGCAGAGACCAAAAUGUGUUAUGCACUUGUCAUCGGUAUCCAGAACGGUUCAACUGUUCUUAUCCUAUUACAUAUUGAUCAUUCACUUAAUAUUAGCAUUUCUUUCAAAUACCUUGAAAACGAAGAUGACAAUAUUGGACACGUUACUGCCAUUUAUAUCCUACCGCAAGAUGCAGAAGAUAGACGUAUGGGACACCACGAUCCACAAAUUCUGCUCGGAUAUAGUAAAGGUGCUAUUCGCAUCUACCGAUUCAGAGCCACUGUCUAUUCGUUUAAAGCAUCAAGAAUAAGAUCACCUAUUGAUUUAUCUGAAUUCACAGAAUUUCCUGGAUACCCGAUUACUCACUUGUCCUGCGCAAGAACAUACACCAGUUUAAGAUUUAUUGCUGCUUUUGCACAAGCUAAACCUGAUGACGAUGCGAAAUACGAAAAUGCUACCUCAUACGUAAAGAUUGUUGAAUUCAAUGGCCCACAAAGACAAGUUAUUAAGCACCUUUCAGCACCCACACCUACGGCAUUGGCAACUGAGGCUCAAUUAAUGCCUCAUCAUGAAAAUGGAAUCGAUCUGACCAUCGUCUUUUACUCACAGCCGACUUAUAAGAUCAGUGUUUGGUAUUUGGAUGACAAACAACAAUUGACGCUCACUCUUGAGCGAGAGAUUGACGAAUCUGCAUGUAUCCAACAAUUGCAUCAGCCAACAUAUGCUCAGGUUGAUAUGAAAGAGUUUCUUUUACGAAAAGCAGAAAAAGUGGUCGAAUAUGCCUUUCCUCAUCACGCGGUAUGUCUGAAACGAAAGGCAACAACUGUCUUUUUUGAAGAGAGUCUAGCCGCCAUAGAGGCUGCGCAGGUGAAGAAAGAGCGAUUAUCGCACAAGAUAAAGCCAGGAUACAAAGAGGAAGAGGGAUGGAGUCUGAUUCAGCCAAAGAAUGAAAUUAUGGUCGAACAGGGUCGAUCUCCAUAUUCUGCUGACGAAUUACCAGAUUCUGAGAUACUUACACCCAAAGUCAUGACUUCUGAUAGGGAAAAUGUGGAUAAGAGUGAUCAGGAUGCUACUGAAGAGCUAAAGGACUUGAAACCCUUGGAUCAAGAAAAUGACGCAAACGCUCAGUCAGAUGAAGAAUAUGAAAGCGCUGAAGAGGUGCAAUCCGACCAAGACUUUAAGAAUGACGAAGAAGUACUGUCGAAUCAAGAAUAUAAGGAUGAAAGUGACAUAGAGUUGAAUAGAGAACUGGAGGAAGAUAUUGUGAUACAGAGAAAUCAAGAAGACGAGGAAUCCUACAAGGAACAAACCACUACCUUAAGCACAACAGAAAAAGUUACGGAAAUUGUGCAAAAAUCUGUUACUGUUGCAACGUCAGAACAAGCACUAUCAAAUAAUGUAGAGGAAACAAUAGAGCAAGAGGAAGCAGUGGAAAUUGAAUCGUUUGAAUUUAUAAAAGAGCCGUUAGAUUAUGAUGAGACAGAUGCCACAGGUGAUCAAGAACAGACUGAGUUAAUUGAUGCUGACCAACAGCAAGUGGAUGCUGUCUCAACUAAAGAGAAGGCUGAUGCAAAGAUAUUUAAUGAGCAAGACCAAAUCAGCGAAACUGUUACUGGAGAAGCAGCAUUUUCAGAAUCCCCUAUAUCAUCUGUAAAAGAAACAGUGCUUGAUGAAUCUUCCGCAAUUGCUAAAGAAAUGCCGCCUACAGUCAGAGAGAACUCUUCAGUUCAAGAUAAAGAGUUAUCUGAGAGAGGUGAUAAGAUUGAACCAAGUACUAUAACAGACAAUGUUCAGAAGCCAACUGGGACUGCGGAGGAAAUACACGCUGAGGAAUCCAUGGACCUUGAUAAGUUUGGAAACUGGAUGGAAUUAGAUGAUGAAGAGGAGAGUGAAGGUAUGCAGCUAGAUGAUGCAGCAGACAAGGAUGAAGAUAUGACCUCGGUCAAUGAUGAUAAAGAAGAAGAUGACGAUGAACACAUGGUAGCAGAUGAUCUUGACUCAUACGUCAUGGUUGACCGAGAGGAUGAUUUUGAAGAUACAGGGCUUAGAAAGCGAAGACAAUCGCUAGAAGUAUUUAGUGAAGAAGUUAACCCUGAAGCAGAUGAAAUUAUAUUACCUGUAAAACACGAUGUGCGAUGGUCACAGCCAAUCACGAAGCAAGUGUCAAAGGAUGUAGGUGAUGAUAAUUAUUAUAGAGAUGACGCAGUAGCAUUUGGAAUGCAAGGCGAGGAAGAGUCUGAUGAUUUGGUCAUACUCCAAGAUAGAACAGACACGGAACAGAAGGAAGACGAAGGUACAGAGUAUGCCGAAUUAAUUGAGGAUCAGUGGGAAGAAGAAGAUCAAGAGUAUGCUGAUGAAAAGGCGCGCGGCGAUGAGUACGCUGAAGAAGAAGGCGAGGAGCUGAAUGAGAAUAUGUUGUAUUUGAAUGAAGAUGACGAGGAGAAUGUAAACCAAGAUGAUUUAAGCCAAAAUGAAACCAGCUCAAGCGGUGAGCUUCCUGAAUAUGAUGAAGACGAGCAAGGUGUACUUGAUCAGAAGGACCAAGAAGGAAAAGAAGAGAAUGAUAACAUUACAAAAGGUGAAGAGAACACAGAAACUGAAACCAGAGAGGAGGUUAAACUACACGAAGAACCUGCAAAAAUAGAUGAAUUGACUAACUUGGCUGAGGACGUAAAGAAAGCAAAAGUUGUUCAAGACCGUGAUGAAUCAGACAAUGAUAAAGACAGCAGAGAGGAUGUUGAAGAUAAUGAAGCUGAUAGAGAUGAAUUUUAUGAUAGUACGCAUCAUGAAUAUGCCGAUGAAACUGAAGGAAAUAACCAGACAGACUUUCUUGAACAUAUAGAAGAGGCACCAAACAAUGCAGAUGUGCUUGAAGAUGACGCUAGCUUGCCAGAAUAUGAAGAAGAAAUUGAUCACUUAGAGCACGACGCAUAUGAAGAUGAAGAAGAAAACAAUGAUGACGACAUGUAUAAGAGUGUUAAAAGCUACGAAGACUAUGAAGAUAUAGAAGCUGAUGAAGAUGAAUUGAAGCAUUAUCCAGAUGACCAACAUGAUGAUGAAUACGAAGACUAUGAAGAAGACCAGAUAAAGGAAAACUAUGAUGAAUACAUAGACACUGAAGGUGGAUAUGAUAAAUUUGAAGACGAGCAGCUACAAGAAAACAAUGAUGGUAAUCAACAAGACUUUAUUGCCAUCGAUGAUGGAUCAGACUACGCACAGGACACAACUGAGCAAGAAGAGAAAGAUAACUACUUGGAGUACCCAUUAGAUGAUGAAGAAAUACCCCCAGAUUAUGAAUAUGAUGAAGAUGAUGUAGAAGGCGUUACAAAUGAGUAUUAUGGCUAUUCCCAAGAUUCAACAAGGGAACCACAGAGUGGUGCUAUAGAAAUCAUAUCGGAUGACGAAGAAAACCCAGACAUUAACAAUACCGAGAUCAUCGAUGAAAGUGAGAGUAGCGCAUAUGACACUGGUAUGGACUCGAGUUCUAACAUGGAUGAAGAUAUUACCAAAGACAAAAAGGCUCUUGAGUUCAAAUCAGCAAAAGAAGCUGCAGAACGAGAUAAGCACUCUGGUUCACUGUUUGAUAAAAUUAAAUCAUUAUAUGAUUUGCAGAUUUAUAAAUGGGGAAGAACUAAAUAAAGCUUGUUCAUACAAUUCUUUAUUGAAGCAAUUUCUUGAUCUUUUUAUGCUGUUGAAUAUAUUUUGUAUGUUUAAGCAAUCAGACG